CGCGUCAUCUAAACGCGACGGGAGGCCCCUUGGUUCGACUGUGGCGCCUCCGGUUGUCUGGGCGAAGAGGGAGACGAGGAGGAGCAGGAGCAGGAUGUCGGGGCUGGGGGGGAACUCCCCAAAUGACCAAACUUGCUUUUCUUCCUGGACAACAAGCUAAAGCACUUUAUCAUGGGCCAACAGCUUUCAAGCCAGACACACACUGUUAUUAAUAAACUGCCAGAAAAAAUUGUCAAACAUGUCGCUCUGGUUCGAGAAAGUGGCUUUUUGACAUAUGAAGAGUUUUUGGGGCGAGUAGCUGAACUUAAUGACAUAACUGCAAAGUUAGGUGCUGGGCAGGACAAACACCUGCUGUUUGAAGUACAGCCAGGUUCAGACUCUUCAGCACUCUGGAAGGUGGCUGUUCGGGUAGUAUGUACUAAGAUAAACAAGACAAGUGGCAUUGUUGAAGCGUCAAGAAUCAUGAACUUGUAUCAGUUCAUUCAGCUUUAUAAUGAUAUCACAAGUCAGGCAGCAGGUGUACUUUCACAGAACAUUGCCUCAGAAGGAGCUUCAGAAGAUAUGGCUUCUGUUGCAUCUUGUCAGGCCAGCAUUUGGAUGGGAAGGGUAAAGCAGCUGACUGAUGAGGAAGAGUGUUGUAUCUGCAUGGAUGGGCGGGCUGAUCUGAUCUUGCCAUGUGCCCACAGCUUUUGUCAGAAAUGCAUUGAUAAAUGGAGUGGUCGUCACAGGAAUUGCCCUAUAUGUCGUUUGCAAGUGACUGCGGCAAAUGAUUCCUGGGUUGUGUCUGAUGCACCCACAGAAGAAGACAUUGCUACCUACAUACUUAACAUGGUGGAUGAGGCAGGCCAGCCCCACAGACCCUGAAACUAAUAACAACUGUACUCUUGAAAUCUUUCAAGAUUUAAUUUUUCGUUGUUCAUUUUGGUUUUGUUUACUACAUACGUUGAUUUCUAUAAGCUAUGUCAAGAGUCUUCAAAAGUGACCAUUUGCGUGUGAGCCAGUCUGAGUUUAUAAAUUUCAAUUUUUGUUUCAUUAUUUCUGUUGGUAACAUAGAAGGUACACCAAGUUUUAUCUAACACCGGAAGAGCAAAUAUUUAAUUUUUAGGUAUCUCUUCUGUGAUAGCUUGUUAAAAUUGCACUUUUUAUCAUUGUAAAAUAAUAUGGGUGGUUACAGAUGGUCUGUUUCCCAGAACUACACUGAGAAGUUACCCCUUUUUAUGCAAUUGCAUGCUUGCAUGAAUAGGAAUGGCAACAUUCCACAUUUAAUUUUGGUAAUUCCAUUGCCAUCUUACAUAAAUUAUUGCCACUAAUCCUAUUUACAUGUGUUUGGUUAAAUCACUACUGUAGCAUGUUAGGCUCAUCAAAAAUUUGUAGCAGCACUUUUCUUUGAUAAAUAAUUGGCUUUUGCACUUGUUUUGAUAGUAUGUUGUAUAGGCAGUUUCAAGUACAGUAACUUAAUGUUGAAUAAGGUCAAAGAGCUGGAACCUGCAAAAGCCCCCCACAGCCAGAAGAUCUUUCAGUCAGUGGCCGGCUUUUAAUCUGGCAGAGCUUUUCCACUGUCUGAGGGCAAUCUUUUUCCAGAAGAUAGAAAGAUACAAAAGCAACAGGGCUGUAGAGAGGCAGCCGGGGGGGGGGGGGG